UAUUCAGAACAUGUAGAUGUAUCUUUAUUUGCUAAGUGCAUUUUUUCCUAUGAAAUGUUGGAGUUCAGUUUAGAGUUCAGCAUAAAAAUAAUCUUCUCUUUUAAUUUCACAGGGAAAUUUAGCACUGCAACAGCUGAAGAUGGAAAAUUGGUCGGUUGAGCAAGUCUGCAACUGGUUGAAACAGAGAAAUUUAGGAGAACUAGUUCCUAAGUUUCGUGAAGAAGAAGUAAGUGGUGCAGCUCUUCUGGCACUUAAUGAUCGUAUGGUGCAACAGCUGGUGAAAAAGAUUGGGCACCAGGCAGUGCUGAUGGACCUGAUUAAAAAAUACCAUCAGCAAAAAAGUGGGCUGGAUUCCCUUACAGGCUGUUGUGAAACCACUUCUCAAAAGUUUCCAGAAGUAAUCAGUGGGGCUACUGACAGACAGAUGUUAAAUUCUUCUGGUCAUGUAGAGCAGAAAAAAUAUCUGUGCUCAAGUGAAAAUGAGAAAGGACUAAUUGAUCACAGGGUGCUAAAGCAGAAAAAAAAUGUGAAAUCAUUUUUUGCAAGACACAAGAUGUUGCAGUGGACAAGUUCUUACGAUUUGCCAGACUUUCCUUAUGAUGUCAAGUGUGUAUUAGCAGAAAAAAAAUGCCCUGAUCACAGUAUGAGAAUAAGGAUUAUUGAAUUUUUACAAGCAGACAUGACAAAAUACCUAGAAGGAUCACUAUAUCCGAACAGUCAGCAAUAUAACGUUGUUGUCAGUGCUCUGCUGCAGGCAUACCCAUUCCUUGAUGAAGAUGGGAAUGGCUUUUUACUAUGGAAACGGGCACUUAAAGAUCGUUUCAAAUAUGUGCGGAGACCCAUUGAAGACGAUGAGCAAGUCCUGAGGAACAAAUGCAAGUCUGGGCACAGGAGAGGACAGACCAGAAAACCUCCAUUUGCUGAAAACAAACUUGGUGAUGUUCAGGUGCAGAUAGAGGAAGAACCUGCUUAUCUUAAAGGCAGUACAAUGGAUUUACAUAUUAAAUGGCUUAAGCAAGAAUAUAUGAAAACUCAGAGGAACUGGCAAGAAGUGGAUAACAAAAUGAAUGUGACAAUAGAAAUACGGAGAAAGAUGAUCAGCAAUAAGGCACCUUUAAAAGAUAUUCUUAGGCUAUUUCCUUUCUUAAGAUGCCCUUAUCAGCUUUUUAGGGAGUUCCAGCUUCUCACACACAUGGACAUUUAUAAGAAAACAGUUGGGAUUUUGGAGAUUUAUUCAGAAAAUAUAUUAUCUUUGUAUGUCGUGAGGAAUAAUCCAAUUAACAUUAUGCUACAAGAAAAUCUGAAGCAGCACACAGAGGAAGAUGUUCUGAAAUAUAUGAAAAUGACUGCUGCAUGUUUACUCCUGCCGGAUGUCUUUGGAGAUGAUUCCAGUCUGUUUGUUGCAGUAAACGAGGAGGUAAAGGCAGUGACACCAGUGUUGGAAGUAAAGAAUCCCUUCAAUGUGAAUUCAUGCGAGUUUGCACUGUAUGUGGAAAGGGAAGAGCUGGCCCAGCUCGAUGACUGCACUAUGGCCCUGGCAGCACUAGUAGCUGCAUUUCAUGUAUUCGACAUCCCGUGCCCAAAGAGGAUCCACAGGACACUAAAAUUCCUGGAGUCCCUGGUAUUUGAGGUGAGGAACCCAGCAUCCCUGCCCAUCCAGGUAAAGACAGGGCUGGAGGCACCCAAGUAUCCAAUAUCUGAUGGUGCACACAGCACUCAUCUUGGGAGCAUUUGAUAUUUUGUCAAAAUAAAUCCCUUUGUUGUGAAGAUAAAUCAGUGCCAUUAUUUCCAGUGGAAGUGUAUGUAUAUUUAAAUAUGUUAAGAAUGCCCUUUUUUUUAUUGUACUGGCUACUUUAAAAAAAAACAACCACUUCAGCAGUUUUAUUUAAAAUGCAGAUUUUAGUGAAGUCUAGAGAUAAUAAAAUUUUCUAGAU